AGAUGACAUCUUUACCCAAAUUGGUUACCUUGGGAGCUAUACUUACUGUUCUGACAAUGGCAAGCUGUGCAAUGACUGAUGAAGACAUACCCACUGAAACCUCUCGUAGAGCAUUGUUCUACUCUAAUUCUCCUAGUGACUGAAGAUGGUGAGUUGAUAAUACCUACAGAAGAUGGUGAACACACUCUGGAACUACUGGUAAUUCGGGACAAUGAUGAAGAAGCUGGGAAACCUCUGGCUAUUGAAGUUCUUCGGGUAGCUAUGUAUGUUCUAACUCAAGUAAUAUUGACAGUAAUGGAGCAAUGAUACUAUGACCUACAUCUUCUUAUGAUUGUGAGACUAAAGAUAGGCCUAUCUAUUCGACUUCAAGUACUUCAAAUAUCAGGACAACUUAUAUUGCCCGUGAUUCUGUGUGUAUUUAUAGAAUAACUACGACUCAUUCUUCUAUUGAAAAAGUUGAAAUAGAUAUUGAUGAUUUGACGAAUGCAGCAGUUACAAUUUUCACCGGUCCUGAAGACCAAAACAGUUAUACAUUCCAGAGCACGAUGACAGAAAACGACCAAAAGAACUUCACUCUCAACGCUAACAACGACGUCUACAUCGUCGUCGAGCCUAGCUCCUCUUACAACCUAAUAGACAUCGACUACAAAGCUUAUGAAAUCUCGACCACCACUCCAACCUCCACAUUCCCCACCGGCAGUAGUAGCUCAAGUGAGAGUAGUAGUGUGGGAACGAUAAUUGGGAGUGUAGUGAUAGUGGUGGUUAUAUGUGCAGUGGGUGUAGUGGUUGGGCUUUUGAUUGUGUUUUUGUGAAAGAAGUGAAGGAAGACAAAAUGACAAAUAUUGUAAAAAAAUCACUCCACCCCAAAAUUCCCUACCCAAAACCCUCUCCAACCCCUUCCCCUCCAAAACACCACCCUGCACAACCACCCCACCACCACACCCAACCCCGUCCCCAAAUCUACCUCUCUUCCAACCUCCAAAUCCCCCCUCCCAUCGCAAACACCUCCUACACAAUCCCUGACCCUGACCCUCUAUUCCCUCAUAACUUCACUGAACCCCCUCUGAUCCCAAAUGGAGCCAUGCCUGUUAGAAAGUGAGUUAGGCAUAGAAGAGAUGUGGAUGUUGGCCUUCCUGUUGAAGCUGGAUUUGGAGAUUCAGAUAUAGUUGAAGGGAAUCCUGUUGGACCAGUCAUGAAUGAGAAAGAGUUUUAAGUGAAGUUUUUGAAUCAAGGC